AUGGACAAUCAGGAAUUCUGGCACAUGUUCCUGAAUGCCGAGUUGAUGGAAUGGGGACAUCGCGAUCAUCUCAAAUCAGGGUUUAUUCUCACCCUGGAAUCGCUCAAGGAAGGAGGAACCGUUUUUGACACCGCGGAGACUUUCAUCGGGCAUUUAAGGAGACUGAGGGAGGCAAGGCCGGAUAGCUUUCGAAACACUGAGCAUCGGGCUGCACCGGAGAACUCGACAACUGAGAAGUCAAUACUUGACAUCCCCUCCUCACGCCUCAGUGCGGCCAGCUUCAACGCACUUUUCGACUUGAACCCAGAUACUUGGAAAGACUACUACUCCGAGGGUGUCUGGAACAGUAUCGCAGCACGCAUGGCAUUUGUUCCACCUGAUAUCAAGCCACUGCCCAAUGUGAUAACGAUAGCAUCCAAGUCCCAAGAGCAUGCCGCUCUUUUCAAUCAAAUGGAGAGCGCUCUGCUACAAGAAGGCUCUGGACUGCCAAGCAUCGAAUUUUUGUCCUUCCAAGCAAUCUGGACCAUCAAAGAUGCAAAUGCAUUUGUUCAGUCAUCAAUGGCCGACUCUCCCACCAUAUCGAGUCAUUCGCACCUGCUGCUAUACUUGUACAGACGAUUUUUCGUUGGAAAUGACAAUGAUCAAAUAGGGAAUAUUGCAUUGAAGCAAUUUGAAACAAUAUCCGGUGCGCAAGUGGAUUCGGUUACACAAAAGACAUUCUGGAUACAGAUGUUUGUGAUUGCUGUGACCCGCACACGGAACAAAGAGCAAUUGACCGAUCGGGGGAGCUCGAAAGAAAGAACGACCAGUUUUGAGGAGCUCAUCUUGGACAAUCUCUAUCUGGUCUACGAGAAUCUUCACUGCUUAUAUUACACCCCGGAAAUCUGGAACAGUGAAGAAGCAUCCGCUGUCAUGAUUGCACCGGACAAAAGAAGUAUGUCUGGAUUUAUCGCAUCACCUGAGAAUAAUUCACUCGACGACGCUCUAUAUUCAUGGCUAUAG